AUUAAAAAUAUCAGGAACUAUGACUACUGAAGUUUCUGAAGACAAGAAGACAACCCCACGUAAGAGAAAAACAGAAGAGACUGUUGAGCGUAAAACAAAUCCUAGACGUGCCGCGAAAACUAAGGCAGAAGAAGCAAAAGCUGCUGCAACGACUUCGGCGAGUACCUCGUCAACUACCAAGACUAAAUCUACUAAAAAAACUAAGACUGAGAAGGGUGAAGGGCCAAGUCUUCCUCCUCUUAAAGCGUUUUUAGCAAACGCUAAAGAACUUAAAGUGGAAAUUACUCAAUCCUUCGGAAAAGAGGAAAAUCCAAAUGCUGACAGUAAAGUUAAAGAAGGUGAAGAAGAAAAGGAGCCCGCAAACCCUGAAGCCCCAAAGAAUGGAGAUAGUUCAUCUAGUGAGCCUUUGUAUACUUUGAUGGCUAAACCUCAGAAGCAUAAUACUGGUAAUUAUGGUUGGACGGCAAGCAUCCCCAAAGGAAAGAUCAAGGUUGAUAUUGACGGUAGCGAAGUAGAAUUGCCGGUCACAAUCAAUUUCAACGUGACUGUUCAGGGAUCAAAGAAAUAA